AUGGGCAUAGAAUGUUUGCAGUGGUUCAAGAAGACAUCACAUGCCUGGGUAGAGUUGAGCGAGCUCAGGAAGGCUGAGAAGCUACUCAAGGAUAAGCGUGAUGAGCAGGCUUGUGUGCAGCGUGCAAAGGAGAAGGUGGAGCGGGAGAAUGCACGCAUCCAGGAGCGCAAGGAAAUCGAUGCACGCAAGGCAGAGAGAGCACAUCUUAAGGAGCAGAAAGACUAUGAAAAAGCAUCAUGCACUACCCAAAAAGGAAAGAGGCAGCUCAUACAGCAACAAGGAGCCCAAAAGAAGCAGAAAUGUGGUGAUGCGGCUGCUCGAAGUGGUGUGGUUCCUCAUAAGCCGCCCUCAGCACCUCUACCAACACACAACAGCCGCGGUCGCAAAACACUUCAACCAUGCAAAUAUUGGUAUCAAACUUGGUCGCAUAGGUCUAUAGACUACUCCACCCAAGAAUCUAGUUGUAAUAGCUUUUGUAUGUGGCUCAAUAACCUCAUGUGCACGGGUGGUCAAUAA